UCCUCUCUCAUCUCACCGCCGAUGCGCCGCCGCCGUUGACUACCUCUCCGCUUGCCAUCAUAUUACUUGCUUUAAGUAUGGCUGGGGCAUUUCUUCAAGUCGUUCUUGAUAAUCUAGGCUCGCUUAUUAAGGAUGAGAUUGGACUGAUCCUAGGCGUUGACGAUGAGAUGCAGAAGCUUUCGAGCACCCUAACCACCCUUCAAGCCGUGUUGGAAGAUGCCGAGGAGAAGCAAAUCGAGAGCAGGCCAAUUCGAGAUUGGCUGCAGAAGCUCAACGUCCUUGCUUAUGAGAUUGAUGACAUCUUGGAUGAGUGUUGCACUCAGGUGUCCAAACUCAAACACACUGGCAGCAAACUGAGUUGCAACAUCCUCGAUAAGAUUGGGUUCGGUCACAAGAUUGGAAGGAAGAUGAGACGAGUCACGGGAAAACUGGAAGGUGUUGCUGCAGAGCGCACUAAGUUUCAUCUGCGAGAGAUGCCUGUUGAUAGGCCUAGAGAAGUUGCCGCCUCGCGUGAGACGGGCUCCAUGUUGAACCAGUCUGAUUGGAUUUAUGGUAGAGAGGAAGAGAAAGACAAGAUUGUGGAGAUGUUGGUGAAUGAGGUAAAGGAAAAUCAAGAUAUAUCUGUGCUGCCAAUCAUUGGUGUGGGCGGUCUUGGGAAGACAACUCUUGCACAGUUAGUCUUUAACAAUCCGCGGGUGGUGGACCACUUUGAUAUAAGAAUUUGGGUUUGUGUCUCCGAUCAUUUCGAAUUAAAGCCUUUGGUGAAAGCAAUGAUUGAAGCCGCCACAGGGAGCACGAGAGUUGCGGAUAUGCAGCAGUUGGAUGUUGUAGAGCGUCAACUGUGGGAGUUGUUGAACAAAAAAAGAUACUUAAUUGUACUUGAUGAUGUCUGGAAUGACCAGCAAGAGAAAUGGUUUGAGUUGAAAGAUACUCUAUCAUGUGGCUCAACUGGCGCAUCCAUCAUUGUCACCACACGCCAAAAGAAGGUUGCUAAUAUAAUGGGAACACUUCCAGCUCAUUGCCUCGAGGGGUUGUCGGAUGAGAAUUGUUGGAUGUUACUCAGGACACGCGCCUUCGGACCAGAAGAAGUGGUAUCUCCACAGCUAGAAAUAAUUGGGAAAGAGAUUGUGAAUAAGUGUGCUGGCGUGCCCCUCACCGCUAAGGCGCUUGGAGGGAUUCUACGGUUUAAAAGGACACAAGAUGAAUGGAUAUAUGUGAGAGAGAGUGAAUUAUGGAAGCUCACUCCAGAAGAGAGUUUGAUAAUGCCAGCUUUGAGAUUGAGUUAUCAUCAUCUACCUUUGGAGCUUAGGCAAUGCUUUACUUAUUUUGCCUCUUUUCUCAAGGGCCAUCAAAUUCAGAAAAAAGAAUUGAUCCUUUUGUGGAUAGCUCAUGGUCAUAUUUCAUCAAAAGGUAAUAUACAAGUUGAAGAUGUUGGAAAUCAAAUAUGUAAUGAGCUACUACUAAGAUCUCUUCUACAAUCAACAUGCAACGACAUGAUCAAUAUGCAUGAUCUUGUUCAUGACCUAGCGCAAUCAGUAAUGGAGAACAAAGUCCCACGAAUACAAAGUGAAAGAAAUAUUUUGAAAACCUCUACUAUCCGCGAGGUAAAUUUGGUAGAUAGAACUGUCUUGUUUCCCAAAACUUUUCAGCAAGAUAUGAACAUUUCUUCCCUAUUGGAGCUCACAAGUUUAAGAGUAUUACAUGCAAAUGAUAAAGGGAUAAAAGUUUUGCCUCCUUCCAUCGGCAAUCUUAAACAUUUGCGAUACUUGAAUUUGUCUACAUCUACAAUUUGCAUGUUGCCAAACUCAUUAUGUACUCUUUGGAAUUUGCAAAUUCUCAACUUGGAUUUCUGUGACAGUCUAUUGGCUUUACCUAAGAAGCUGACAUCCUUACAUAAUCUUGAACAUCUAUGUUUGUCAUAUUGUAAGUCAUUGUCAGAGAUGCCCUCUAAAAUGAGAGAGUUAACUGGCCUCAAAACAUUAAGUAUGUUUGUUGUGGGUGUCAAGAAAGGUAACCAACUUGAGGAACUGCAAUGCUUGAACCUCAGCGGUGAGCUUGAGAUUCGACAUUUGGAGAGAGUAAAUGAUUACUUGGAUGCAAAGAAAGCAAAUAUUGCUGAUAAAAAGAAUCUCAGAAAGUUGAGGUUGUCAUGGGAAAGAACCGAUUUAUCCAAGUUAGAGGAAGAUGUUGAUGAAAAGGUGUUGGAAGCCCUUGAACCUCACCCCAAUCUUGAAUAUCUCUGGAUAGAGGGCUUCAGUGGUAGAUAUCUUCCACGUUGGAUGACAAAUUCAACUCUGGAAAAAAUUGUUGUGAUUGAUGUUAGAAACUGCGCAAAUUGUAUGCGUCUUCCAAAACUGGGCGAGCUAACUCAUCUUAAAAGGCUGUUUUUACAGAAAAUGGGGAUGGAGUAUAUUAUUGAAGAAGUUGGAAGUCGAAACCCAGUAAAGAUACAGUUCUUUGCUCUUGAAGAGUUGCAUUUAUCAGGCCUCCCAAACCUAAAGAGGCUUUCGAAGGAGCACGAGGGAAACAAAGCAUUCCCAAAUCUUAAAACGCUAUGGAUUACGCGUUGCGCUUCACUAAUACUGCAACCACUCCCGUCCCUCCGAAAGUUGGAUAAUCUAAAAUGUAGUGGCUCGACUCUGGCUUUAUUAUCUGAGCAGGAUAUUCCUAGGCAAUUGUUUGUGGAAAUUGAGGAGAGCCUGGCAUGUUUCCCAUUAGAAACGCUGGUAAAGUACAGUAAGCUCCGGUCAUUGACAAUUGGGGGUGCAAAAGAUAUCUCGGUGACACGAGAAGGUCUAGAAGCCUUAAAAAAGCUCACCAGUUUACGUCUAUUAUGUUGCGAUACAAUGACAUGUAUUCCACAAGGGAUGUUACAGCAUCUCACUGCUCUGUGCCGGCUCAAAAUAGUUUCCUGCCAAGAAAUAAUAGAGUUGCCAGAGGAGAUUAAACAUCUUCAUAAUCUUGAAUGGCUCCAGUUAUCUCAUCUUCCCAAUAUGAGGUGCUUAUCACAGGCUUUGCAGCUCCUCUCCUCACUCAAAUUCCUACACCUGAUCUAUCUUCCUGAGUUGGAAUUACUCCCCGGCCAGCUACCAUCUCUUCAUACGCUUGAUAUUUGCGAUUGCCCGAAGCUUGUAUCAAUUCCAGCUCUGCCAAAUGUGAAUGACCUAAGUAUCAGCCUAUGCCCACAACUAGAAAGACGGUGCCAGAGAGGAACGGGAGAGGAUUGGCACAAGAUUUCCCAUAUUCGCCACCUCCGAAUUCCUUAUAACUAAUUCAGUACCACAUGCAGAUGAAUGAUGCGUUAAGUGAGGUCAGAGAUUGGUUUAGUUGUAUGAAACCACGUGAUGUCAAAGCCCCCCUCAGCGUACAUUCUCCGGAUUUCGUAGCAACCUAUGCAGGAUCCUGCAUGCUGCACGGAUUGCACAGGGACGGGCUUUCAAGCAACGUGGCUCGAAGAGCCUCCUCUAACCAGGAAAUACCUUAUUACUGACGGCGGCGGCGUCUACGAACAUCGCCGAGCUCAUCUCCAUCUGGCAAAUCCUCACCGCACCAAACAGCUUCUCCGGCAGCUCCUCCUCCGUCUUCCCCUCCACCAAAAACCCCAAAUCCAC